CGCACAAGCCCCGCAAUACUAUGUACUUUAAGUGAUCUUUCGGAUGAACUAAUUAUCAAUAUGAUAUUUGUAGACAUGCAGCAAGUCCAACUCAUAUUGGGACUUGCCAUGCAUAACCAACUUGGUGUUAUUUCCAUCGAUAACACCAACAUCAUAUUUACUUCCAACUCCAAACCUGCAACUCCAAAUCGACUUCUCAAUCUUUAAAUCAAUAACAAUCUUUAUGUGAUCAACAGACGUUCCUCGUAUCCAUGAAACAGAUCGUUAUCUGCUAUAGCGCCAGUCGAUCGUUUUGCAUUGAAACGAUUCGAAAUAUUGUUGGAGCAUCAUGUCACAUAUGUGUUAGCAGACGAGUUUCUUUUACAGUCAUUUCUUUCUUUCUUUGGGUGAGCAAUUGUAAAUUUCCAGUUCCACAGUGGAAAGAACCCUAAACCCCCACCACCAUAUGUAAGAUAUGAGAUUAUCUAUCAACCCCAGUUUUGUACAAUGCAGAGAUCAAUCUUAUACAAAUGAUCCUUUUCGAACAAACGAUGAACACUUGUAUGACCAAUCUUAUACAAAUGAUCGUCAACAAAAUUGUCUUCCUUAUAUAUGGAUGGAUAAUUAGGCGAAUAUAUGUUUUGAUUUGGUUUUAGGACGAGCCGAUUCACUCUUCAGUGCUAAGUUCGACUUCCACCACUACGCAACCCCUCUACAUAGAGGCUUUCGCGUAGUCUUUUUGACGAAAUCAUCCUACAAAAAUAGAUUAUGAAAAUUAACUUUGACCUUUCCUAAAAAUAAAAGAAAGAAAUUUACUUUCAAUCUACCGAAAGAACGCAGAGUUUGCAUCUUCUGAUGUUGCAUUUCCAACAACUAUCGUCUUCACUCUUCCUAACUUCGAAUCUCUUCUUCCUCAUGGCUUUCACCAUUUCUUGUACAAGCCGAGUUGGCUUGCAUGUGUUACAAGUUACAACCAAUUGCGAUUUCAUACACUCUAUCAACUUUUGAGACAGAAAAUAUUAAAAUUCAUGAUUGCUAAUUAAAAAAAAAUCACUUAACAACGGCAUAGGAUUUCUCUUUUGGGAGGGACUAGUAGAAGGUGAAAAUCCAAAUCCGUUCCUAAACAAGAAAAUCAUGUAUUGAUUACAUUAAUUAAUUACUUUAUUAGGAUAAAGCGAGGGAAAUAAAUAAAUAAUAUAAAAGCAAAAAACAAAAUCCCGGAAAAUCGAACACUCCUAGAACAAGUUAAAAAUCGUAAACCCCGAAAGGGCAAAACGAAACCAAACAGGUCCCCUUCCCUUUCUCCGUCUCCUUCACGCCUUUCUUCUUCGAUUCUCCGAUCGUUUGGUUUCUCUCAGGACUCAGGCGGUUGUUCUUCGAUAGAGGAGAAGAAAGGAAGCGAGCGGAGGUAGCUAGACCGAAGCCAUGUCCAGCCUCUCCAAGCCGCCGCAGUCCGGCGACGAUCAUCCUUCUCCGGAGCCGGAGCUGCCGCGGCUGGCUGAAAGCGCUUCAUCCGGCGGAGUUACUGUCCCGGUCAUCAUCGGCCUUCAUUUGAGAGGCGUUGCUGAUGAUUCUCUUGCUGUACCGCCACCGCCGCAAUCUCCGACUACUGAAACCACUCCUCCGGUGGUUGAUUCUUCUCCUUCGCCGCCUGCUCCGCAGGGUUUAGCUGGGGUGCGCAAGGAUCUCGCCGAGAUUAAGGGGAGCUUGAAGGCUGGUUUGUCUCUGCUCUCGCGGACGGGGAUUUCGAAAUUAACCGCCAAUUUCUUCCAUGAGAGGAUAGACGAAGAGGAGGAGGAGGAGGAGGAAGGUGGUGGUGAUGAUGACGAGGAAGAGGAUUACGUGCCUGGGAUCACGGAUGAGGUCGUUGAGUUCGCUAAUCAGAUUUCUGCUAGGUCUGCUUGCUGGACCGACUUUCCGUUGGCUCUCGAAGCUGACUUCAAGUUCUCUGAUGCUCAGAGGGAGCACGCUGCAACUAUUGAGUACAUGGUUCCGAGUUUGAGAGCUCUGAGAGUUAGCCUCCAUGGUUUCAUGAGGUCUGAGCAGUUCUGGAUGGUGUAUUUCAUUCUGCUGCUUCCAAGAUUGGAUGAGUAUGAUAGGGAGCUUCUCUCUUCUCCCCAGGUUGUUAAUACCCGAAACAGGCUUCUCCAGAAGCUCCAAGCCAGCAAGAACGAGAAGGUGGAAACCUCUGAAGAUGCAUCUCAGGGUAACAGCAGCACCAGAGACGAACCGAACCUCGAGCCACGCCCACAACCUUCAGAUCCUGGCGUCAGUGUCGGUACCUCCUCCACGAGCCGCAAGAAGAAGCAUGCUGAUGAGCUUUCUUACUUCUCGUUCAGCGACCUGGACGACGAUGACAGCGUAUUUUCGGGCAGGCUCUCGACCUGCAGCCGGUCUCGCGGGCUGAGAGAUCCGUCGCCUGGAGGAUCUUCGACCGAAUGGGUCCAGCUGAACCGUGGGUACGACUCUCGAGGUGGAUCCAUCAGGUCGAGGCAGUCGAUCUCUCGUGAGAAGGACUCGGAUGCAGAUUCGACCGCCAGUGAAUGGCUGAAAGUUUACGAGUCUGAUUAAAUAAAAAGGAAAUUGGCUGGCCUUGCUCCAAAAUUGUCAAUAUUUAUUACUGUAAAUCUGUUACUUUGUUGUUCUUUUUUUCUUAUGGUUCUUUUGCAGUCUCUCUCUGCAUGUCGCUUUGUAAAUUAUGGAGUCACGAAACAUGUGUCUUCUUCUUUGUUUCCUUGUUGGUUGGCGUCUAUUAGUUGAUGAAAUGUAAGAUUGUGGUCGUGAUCGUAAGAACUUCAGGCACAAGUUAACAGAGAUCCUCAGUAUGGGCCGGGCCCAUCAUUAUCCUGAAUUCGCAGCACUUUUAGGGCCGAGAUGGCUUUCACGGGGCCUAACUUGAUCGGUAUUGGGCGGCUUUAGCUCCUCGUCACAUAUAUGACGAAAAUUGUCAAACCUCCAACUGGAACUACUUGCUAUGAAUAGCGGGGGAGAUGAGCCAAGUUUUGAACGAGUUUUUUUUCGAGUCGUAGUAAGUAGUAACGGGCAAGCGUAUUAUUAUAUAUUGAAUCAGAGAGGAGUGAAGGGUGGUCGUGAAUGGUGACCAUGGAAUUCUUCAUGGAAUCUUUUCCAUUCACUCAAAGGAAGAGCUAGGGGGUAAAAGGAGAAUAUGAUCAAACAAUCCAGCCUAUCUAUGAAUCAUAUGCAUGUAUACAUAACGUAAGAUGUUAUCCUUUUCUGAUAUAGCUUUAUUUUGAUGGUUUAUGGUAUGAUCUACCAAAUUUGAGAUGCUUGAAUCACUGGCAAGUUUUUAGGAGAUUGGUAUAGGAUCAAUAAUUGAGCUUCUCUCGCAACAAGUCAAAUUAUUGAGACAAAAUGGUUUACGACAUAGUAGCAGAGUUGGUUUUGGCCAAGUGGUCGCGUAAAUUUGAACCUUCGUGACUCCCAAUAUUAACCAUUGAUUUAAGCACAAAGUUAAGUAUGAUGGAGUCGUGUCAAUCUUCAAUCCUGUGAGGUGGCUAGUGGUUGAGGACGUUUUUUUUUUCUUCUUCAAGAUGGUAACGCGAGAUUCGACUUCCCAUCCCUAACCCCCUUCCUCCUUUCACUCUCUAUCUCGCCAAACCAUACGAUAUAGUUUCUCGAUGAACAUGAUGUUUCUCGAUGAACAAGAUUAAAGUUUUUGUGACACCUUACUUACUCCUCCUAGCAAUGUAACAAUAAUCAUAGCUUCUAACUUCUGAAAAGAAUCAUAUCUCGAGAUAUUCUCUGAUCAUACCAAUCAAUCUUAUGAUCUUGCACAUGGCAAUGCCCAUGGCCUUUUCAAUAUCUCUAUAUGGUGACAUAUGAAAACCCUAAAUCUACAAUAAUUCAGCACCAAACCCUUCUGUAUCCACCUCAUUAUGUCUCGCCAUUUUUAUAAAGCUACAUCUCCAUAGAUUGCUGAUAGGUCUCCUUUCAUGUGGACCUGACUAUAUAGAUGUACACAUCUAUCCAUGUAUAAUUUUCCCCUUUCAAUUUUCAUCUUCAAGAUCGAUUAUUAGAUUGUAAAAGCAUUAUAGCAGAAUGGGAAGAAAAGCAAACAGAUUUACUCAAAUCCAGCUUAAAAUACUUCAAAGAGAACGACUUUUCUUUCUUCUCUCUACCAACCGGCGGGUAACCAACUGGGGUAUAGUGUAUAGGUGUGUUCUUAUCUAACAACUAACAAGUAAGUUUCUAUCUUGAUGAAUGUGGUGUUAUAUUCGUACCAAUGUUAAUGAGUGAUACAAGAUUCGGGUUUUAACCUCUCAACAAUAACUCGGGGUUGGUAGUAAUUGGUCUUUAACAUGCUAGAUGAUUUUUAGCCGAAAGGCAGAGAUUUUCGAAUCUUGAUAAUCUCUGAUGGUAAUGUUUAUUAGAUAUUACUAAGGCAUGAUGGGCUUACACUAUUUUAGCUUAAGGUCGAUGGAGGAGGAUUUCAUUAUUGUUUGAUCGUCCAGAUCAUUCGCCACCUGCUCUUUUUUCCGAUUAAACAAAAUAGACUAGUUUUCGAGUAAAAAUCUGAGCUCACUAGGUGCUUUCGGGCAACUAGCCAAUCAGACGCGAGCCCCCUACUCGGACGGAUUCCUCCUUUUGCUCCUCAGCCUACGGAGUAUUAGUAGUCGUUUCCAACUGUUGUUUCCCUGGCCAAUGGCAGGUUCUUACGCAAUCUUUCUCUUUCUGGUCGUAGUCUCAGGUGGCAAAGCGGCUGACUUAGGGUUGAAUUUCUUAAUUCCUUCUACAAGCAUGGCAACUUCACCAAGAUUGGUGUGCUUUAAUAUGAGGGGGCGAUAUAGAUAUGGAUCUUAUAGCUUCUUUCAACAGCUCGUGUUAUUGAAAAAGAGCUGGUUUCUCAAGAAUGAUCGCCAAUUUAGCUCAUGAAAUAUAACAAAUAUAGUUUUUUCUUGGAAAAGAGUAGAAUCAUUACACUAACCAAUGCCAUUAGAUAAGUAUGUAUUUUUGUCCAUCAAAUGAAUAUCAAACUCUAGAAGUUGUGUCAAAGGAGCCAAGAUGAUCAAUCAGCUACAAAAUUAUCACCGUGACAGAUAAAACACACAUAAAUUUUAUUAGAGAACGUCUCGACAUAGAUGAAACUCGUGCAAACCAAUGACAAGUCUAAGGGUUGAAAAUUAUAUUUGUACAAGAAGAAGAAAAGAUAGGAGCCUAUUAUUGCUAAAAGAUUUUUUUUUUUAAAAAAGAUAGUGGCCUACUCUUUCUUAGUGGGGGAGUAGUACCACUUCAACUUUUAUCACUCAAAAGAGAUGGAGUUUGUAUAAAAAGACUAUUUGGCAGAUUUCUAUUGUCAUCAAAUGGCUGGUAUUUGGUCCAAAAAGGAAGUAAACUUAAAAGUGCCUAAAAGGAUAAAAAAAAAAGAGACACCUUAACCUCAUUGCUUCAAUUAGGCAAAGUGCCCUUUAAACACCUUUUGGCGAUUGAUAAGCUUUUUUGCUUUGGAGCCCUUGGAUUGAGGGUAUGACUUAUUGUGAAUAUAGAAGGUAUGUACUUAUUGUAGGGUAGCAUGGCCUUGUAUAAUUUGGACCCUACGUACAUCUUCUUUUUCCCAAACAACACAAUAAUUGGUUAGAUCAGCAUAGUCAUUGACUUAUUGUAAUACCCCAUAUGUCUAAUUUACAUCAAAUUCAAUUUCUAUCGAUAAAUUGGCCAUUGAGUA